UCCCAGCGUGGAAAAUGCACACCCCCUCCAUCCUUGCAUACCAGCAAGCGAAAGGAGAUAGUCAGAAAGCUAUUUACAUCCUUUUAUUUCUGACUGUUCAGUUGUACAGAAAACAUGUCCGAUCAGUUCAAUCUCCUCCUAGCAAGUGACUCAAACUUCCUUUACAAAUGCAACAGGAAGGUCUCAUAUUACACUGAGAACAAAGCUUUGAGAAAUCUCGGGAACAUUCUUUCCCAUAGCUAGCCACAUCAUGUGAUGUAAACACCGAGCUGCCAGUUUGCAGCUGCGUUGUAUCCAUAUCGUAAAAGCCAGUAGGAUUCAUCUCCCUCUCCAUGCCCCCAUGAACCACUUGAAUUUGGCUCUAGGGCAUUGGAAGGGAACCUCUACAGAACAACUCACGAGGAGAGGAGAAAGUGGACCCUUCCAUCCGGCAAACUGGAAUGCUUGCGUAGGCAGAAUGAUUUGAAAACCAAAAGGUGGAGUACCACCUAUUUGCACAAAGACGAAUUCCCAUAGUUAAAAUGCAGAAUAAAAGAAUUCAAUUAAAGCAUUAAAAUAGGUGCCCAUAAUUAAAAUGUGCAGCAAAGCAAUCUUAUUGAAAUAACACAGCAAUUAACAGGAAGAAAACCACAGAGCAUUGUGUAGCAGAUCAUAUUUCUGCUGUCUCAGAGGAGGACAUCUCCCUUUUUCUUUUAGGGUCCAGUGUGCUUUGAAGAUGUUGCUGUUCGUUUCACGGACGAGGAGUGGGCGUUGCUGGAUCCUGACCAGAGAGCUCUGCAUAAGGACGUCAUGAAGGAGAAUUGUGGGAUCGUGGCCUCUCUUGAUUGUGAUGAAUUGGAAAGGAAGAACAAAGAAGAACACAACACAAUCUGCAGAGUGGAGAAGGCACGUAAAAAAUUGGAGUGUGGAAAGAGCUGCAGUCAGAGCUCCCAUUCCACUUCCCAUAAAAGAAAUUUCUUUCGAAAGAAACCCUAUCGGUGCAUGGAAUGUGGAAAGAUAUUCAGUACGAGCUCCUCUCUCACUUCACAUCAAAGAAUUCAUAGAGGGGAGAAACCCUGUCAGUGCAUGGAAAGUGGAAAGAGCUUCACUUAUAGCUCCCAUCUCACUUCCCAUCAAAGAAUUCAUACAGGGGAGAAACAAUAUAAUUGCUUUGAAUGUGGAAAGAGCUUUAGUAAGAGCUGUAAUCUCACUUCCCAUCACAGAAUUCAUACAGGGGAGAAACCCUAUCAGUGCGUGGAAUAUGGAAAGAGCUUCAGUCACAGCCACAGCCUCACUUCCCAUCAAAGAAUUCAUACAGGGAAGAAAACAUAUAAUUGCUUUGAAUGUGGAAAGAGCUUUAGUAGGAGCUGUAAUCUCACUUCCCAUCACAGAAUUCAUACAGGAGAGAAACCCUAUCAGUGCGUGGAAUGUGGAAAGAGCUACAGUCACAGCAGCAGUCUCACUUACCAUCGAAGAAUUCAUACAGGGGAGAAACCCUAUCAGUGCAUGGAAUGUGGAAAGAGCUACAGUCACAGCAGCAGUCUCACUUACCAUCGAAGAAUUCAUACAGGGGAGAAACCCUAUCAGUGCAUGGAAUGUGGAAAGAGCUUCACUGAUAGCUCCCAUCUCAUUUCCCAUUACAGAAUUCAUACAGGGGAGAAACCCUAUCAGUGCAUGGAAUAUGGAAAGAGUUUCAUUCAGAGCUCCUCUCUCACUUCCCAUCAUAAAAUUCAUACAAGAGAGAGACCCUAUCAGUGCAUGGAAUGUGGAGAGAGCUUCACUCAGAGCUCCUCUCUCACUUUCCAUCAGAAAAUUCAUACAAGAGAGAAACCCUAUCAGUGCGUGGAAUGUGGAAAGAGCUUCACUGAUAGCUCCAAACUCACUUCCCAUCAAAGAAUCCAUACAGGGGAGAAACCCUAUCAGUGUGUGGAAUGUGGAAAGAGCUUCGGUACAAGCUCCGAUCUCACUAAACAUCAAAGAAUUCAUUCAGGGGAGAGACCCUAUCAGUGUGUGGAAUGUGGAAAGAGCUUCGGUACAAGUUCCGUUCUCACUAAACAUCAAAGAAUUCAUACAGGGGAGAAACCCUAUCAGUGCAUGGAAUGUGGAAAGAGCUUCAGUCACAGCCACAGCCUCACUUCCCAUCAAAGAAUUCAUACAGGGGAGAAACCAUAUAAUUGCUUUGAAUGUGGAAAGAGCUUUAGUAAGAGCUGUAAUCUCACUAGGCAUCAAAGAAUUCAUACAGGAGAGAAACCCUAUCAGUGCGUGGAAUGUGGAAAGAGUUACAUCCAGAGAGUUCAUCUGAAUACCCAUCAAAGAAUUUAUAGAGGGGAGAAACAAUAUAAAUGCUUUGAAUUUGGAAAGAGCUUCAGGAAGAGCUGCUCUCUCACAUCUCAUCAAAGAAUUCACACAGGGGAGAAACCCUAUCAGUGUGUGCAAUGUGGGAAGAGCUUCACUCAUAACUCCUCUCUCACUUCCCAUCAAAGAACUCAUACAGGGGAGAAUCACGAAAUUAAACCCUAUCGGUGCAUGGAAUGUGGAAAGAUAUUCAGUACGAGCUCCUCUCUCACUUCACAUCGAAGAAUUCAUACAGGGGAGAAACCCUAUCAGUGUGUGGAAUGUGGAAAGAGCUUCAGGGAGAGCUCCGAUCUCACUAGGCAUCAAAGAAUUCAUACAGGGGAGGAACCAUAUCAGUGCAUGGAAUGUGGGAAGAGCCUCAGUAGCAGCUCCGAUCUUACUAAGCAUCAAAGAAUUCAUACGGGGGAGAAACCAUAUCAGUGCAUGGAAUGUGGAAAGAGCUUCAGUCAGAGCCACAGUCUCACUUCCCAUCAAAGAAUUCAUACAGGGGAGAAACCCUAUCAGUGCAUGGAAUGUGGAAAGAGCUUCAGGAAGAGCUCCGAUCUCACUAGGCAUCAAAGAAUUCAUACGGGGGAGAAACCAUAUCAGUGUGUGGAAUGUGGAAAGAGCUUCAGUAGCAGCUCCGAUCUUACUAAGCAUCAAAGAAUUCAUACGGGGGAGAAACCAUAUCAGUGUGUGGAAUGUGGAAAGAGCUUCAGUAGCAGCUCCGAUCUCACUAAGCAUCAAAGAAUUCAUACGGGGGAGAAACCCUAUCAGUGUAUGAAAUGUGGAAAGAGCUUCGUUCAAAGCCGCAGUCUCACUUCCCAUCAAAGAAUUCAUACAGGGGAGAAACCCUAUCAGUGCGUGGAAUGUGGAAAGAGCUUCACUGAUCGAUCCCAUCUCACGCCCCAUCAAAGAAUUCAUACAGGGGAGAAACCCUAUCAGUGCGUGGAAUGUGGAAAGAGCUUCAGGAAGAGCUCCGAUCGCACUAGGCAUCAGAGAAUUCAUACAGGGGAGAAACCCUAUCAGUGCAUGGAAUGUGGAAAGAGCCUCAGUACGAGCUCCUGUCUCGCUAUCCAUCAAAAAAUUCAUACAGGGGAGAAACCAUAUAAUUGCUUUGAAUGUGGGAAGAGCUUUAGUAGGAGCUGUAAUCUCACUUCCCAUCAAACAAUUCAUACAGGGGAAAAACCAUAUCAGUGUGUGGAAUGUGGAAAGAGCUUCGCUCAUAUCUACAAACUCACUUCCCAUCAAAGAAUUCAUAGAGGGGAGAAACCAUAUAAAUGCUUUGAAUGUGGGAAGAGCUUCACUCAUAACUCCUCUCUCACUUCCCAUCAAAGAAUUCAUACAGGGGAGAAUCACGGAAUUGUAGAAUUGUGGAGCUGGAAGUGAUCCCUGGUGCAAUCUAUUCAACCCCAUGUGAUGCUGGCAUAGCAAGUGAAGCAUCCAUGACAGAUGACCAUCCAACUUCACUUGAAAACCUCAAAGGAUGGAAAUUCCAGAACUCCCAAGGGAGUCCAAUCCACUAACAGCUCUUGCUGUCAAAAAGUUCUUCCGCAUGUUUAGUCAGUCUUGUUUUUUUUAAAUAAAAAACUUGAUGCCA